GCUUGUUCUUUCUCCAUGUUGGUUGCUUUGUCCAUGGCUGAGAUUUGUUCUUCUUACCCUACUUCUGGGGGUCUCUACUAUUGGAGUGCCAAGCUUGCUGGCCCAAAAUGGUCACCAUUUGCUUCAUGGAUAACUGGCUGGUUCAACAUUGCUGGCCAGUGGGCAGUCACAACAAGUGUGGAUUUUUCACUUGCACAGCUCAUUCAAGUGAUCAUUCUCCUCAGCACUGGUGGAAAAACUGGUGGUGGAUAUGAGGCCUCAAAGUACUCAGUCAUUGCUUUCCAUGGAGGAAUUUUGCUUCUUCAUGCUAUCAUAAACAGUCUUCCAAUAUCUUGGUUAUCUUUCUUUGGACAGUUGGCUGCUGCAUGGAAUAUUUUUGGAGUGUUUGUUCUUAUGAUCCUCAUUCCUUCUGUUGCCACUGAGAGAGCUAGUGUUAAAUAUGUCUUCACUCACUUCAACACUGAUAAUGGGCAAGGAAUCGGCAACUCGGUUUACAUUUUCAUUCUUGGGCUUUUGAUGAGUCAGUAUACAUUAACUGGUUAUGAUGCUUCUGCUCACAUGACAGAAGAAACCAAGAAUGCUGAUAAGAAUGGACCAAGAGGAAUAAUUAGUGCUGUUGGGAUUUCUAUCAUUGUUGGAUUGUGUUACAUACUUGGCAUCACUUUUGCUGUAACCAAUAUCACAUCCCUUUUGGAUGAAAAUAAUGAUUCUGGUGGUUAUGCCAUUGCUGAAAUAUUUUACCAAGCAUUUAAGAGUAGAUAUGGUAGUGGUGCUGGGGGUAUUGUUUGCUUGGGAGUGGUUGCUGUUGCAAUUUUCUUCUGUGGCAUGAGCUCAAUCACUAGCAACUCAAGGAUGGCUUAUGCAUUCUCUAGAGAUGGAGCCAUGCCAUUUUCAUCACUUUGGCAUAAAGUCAACAAACAGGAAGUCCCCAUAAAUGCAGUUUGGCUUUCUGCUUCAAUAUCUUUUUGCAUGGCACUUACGUCUCUUGGAAGCAUAGUGGCAUUUAAUGCAAUGGUGUCCAUAGCUACAAUUGGACUGUACAUUUCUUAUGCUUUGCCUAUCUUCUUCAGGGUAACUCUGGCUCGCAAAUCCUUUGUCCCGGGACCUUUUAACUUGGGGCGAUAUGGAGUCCUCGUCGGUUGGAUUGCGGUGACUUGGGUGGCAAUCAUCUCAAUCUUCUUCUCAUUGCCUGUGGCCUUCCCAGUUACCAUGGAGACACUCAACUAUACACCAGUUGCAGUUGGUGGCUUGUUCAUUCUAAUUGUGUCUUCUUGGUUCUUGAGAGCUAGACAUUGGUUUAGAGGUCCACUUACCAACAUUGAUGCAUGA